GGUUUCAGCCAAAAAGAAUUCGAACAACACGAAGUUGAUCAUAGUCUUCGUUGCAUCAGGAACAUUUGGACUCAUGUUCUUGGGCUUCUUAGGAGUUUGGGUUUUCCGUAGAAAUAAUACAUUCUUCACAGGAGGUGCAAGAAAAUUCUCCUACCAGACGAUUUCAAGUGCAACAGAUCGGUUCAAUAUCAUAAAGGGGAUUGCCAAAGCAUUGCAGUACCUUCACAGUGAGUGUCAGAGUACUCUCAUUCAUGGAAACGUCAAAAGCAGUAAUGUGCUCCUCGACGAAGAGCUGUGCGCUCAGCUUGGAGAUUAUGGGCAAGGAAACAGGCAAAGCAACACAGGUCAUGUAGCUCCAGAGCUUGUUGAGACAACGGCAGCACACACACGUGACACGGAUGUGUUUGCAUUUGGAGUGCUAAUAAUUGAGAUUGUAUGUGGACGUACUGCAAUUGAGCCGACAAGGCCACCAGAAGAGAUCAGUUUGGUAAAUUGGGUGCUUCAAGAGUUUAGGAAAAACAAGUUGCUCGAGUGUUGCGAUGCACGAAUCAAUCGAGAGGAACUGGUGGCCCGGGAAGUGCUACUCGUUCUUAAAUUAGGACUUCUAUGUACAAACCGAUCUCCGCAAGUCAGGCCAGUAAUGAGAAAAGUGGUACAGUAUCUUGAUGGUACUGAACCACUCCCUCAUGACGACUAAAUCUUCCAUGGAGUAUAACAAGGAAACUAUACAAACAACUCAUAAGGUGUCCUUAUAUGGAGUUGUGUUGCAGCGAUUACGUUCUGGGUAGUGUGAAAAAAGAUUGAACCCAGACACAAACGCAUAAUUUAUAAAUAAUACUAUCUGUAUGAUAUUCUUUCUUCUACUAAAUUGCUUUUGUGAUU